AUGUACAUUCAAGCUCAGGCCAUCAGGAGAUUAUCUGUUGCAUACCUAAAUCGUAGGUGUUAUGCCCAACAUGUUGGAUGCCACACCAUUAGCAAUGUUCCCAAAACUUGUGACCAAAUACCUGAAAAUGAGAAAUCCCGAAGAAUGUUGGUGGAAUGCGGAGCUGAUUUGCUCUAUCUGAAAAGAGACGGAGGAUGGCGUUUAUUUAAGUUCUUCAAACUGGAUACGUCAAGCUUGACAUCACUUCUGUCCCUUAGAGCAUCCGGGACGGCCAUGGAUUUGACCACGGCUUAUAGAUACAAUCAAAACAUGAUGGAAUAUUAUACCUGUCAUGGGGGCGUUAACCAGCUGGGUGGAGUCUUCGUUAACGGUAGGCCUUUACCGGACGUAGUAAGGCAAAGGAUAGUUGAAUUAGCUCACAAUGGAGUGCGACCCUGUGAUAUUUCCAGACAGUUGAGGGUGUCACAUGGUUGUGUAUCCAAAAUUUUGUCAAGGUAUUAUGAAACGGGUAGUUUUAAGGCCGGUGUAAUCGGCGGUUCAAAACCAAAAGUUGCAACUCCUCCAGUGGUAGAUGCUAUAGCAAAUUACAAAAGGGAAAACCCUACUAUGUUUGCCUGGGAAAUUCGUGAUAGGCUCCUUGCAGAAGGAAUUUGUUCCCAAGACAAUGUACCUAGUGUAUCUUCAAUUAAUAGGAUUGUAAGGAACAAAGCUGCUGAGAAAGCAAAACAUGCGCACCAAAUAGCAACAAGUAACGCUGCCUCAUCAGUUAGUGGAGGACCUGUAUCUGUGAUCGCGCACGCGCCAGCAACCCAACUGAAUGAACCCAGAUCGGGUGCUUAUAGUAUAAAUGGUAUUUUAGGUUUACAACAUGAUCCAAAUGGUAAUAGUAUAAAACGGAAAAGGAUAGACGAUCAUGAUGAAAACAAGGACUUAAAUGGACACCCGGAAGAUGACUUCAAGAGGCAGAGAUCACAGUAUAAUGGCGACCAACUUUAUUCAAAUCUGUGGACACCGGGAAAAUGGAACAUAAAAGACGAGCACAAAUUACUGUCUGAAUUAGGAGGAGCGGGCACCACUACAGGACAAACAGGAUACUACGAUACCCAUGGAGGUUUUGGCGGUGUUAAUAACGUAAGUUCUGCGUCAGAUAUCUACGAGACCAUAAACACAAUGAGCCAAGCGUCGUCGCAGAAUCUGUAUACGCCUCCUUUGGCUGGUUCAUUGGGUUCCAAUUCAUUAACACCUCUGGCUCCAAUAACAAUGCACGAAAUGAAAAUAGAAACCUCGAGGAUACUGGAUCCAUCAAUGUCUCCUUAUCAUUCCGCUGAAACUAGUUCUCCAUACAGUGGCGUUGUCGGUCUGGGUGCUGCUGUGGAUGGUUCAUCACCUGGAUUACCGCUCGCGUUACCCGCAGAACCAGGAAGUCAACCCGCGUCUCAUACAGGAUCACCUGAUCCAGCGGCUUUAACAGUGCUCCAGCCUUCCAAUGGAGCAUCUCAACAUUAUACGACGAUGUUGCCCAAUUUUGGUUACUCGACCACAGGGACUACGAUGGUACCAGGAACUGAUUACGCUUACAGCACAGCCUACAGCCAGUAUGGCGCGGCAUACGGCACUUACGGAUAUGGUAGUGCGUCUAGCGGGUUACUCAAUAGCGCGUACUAUUAUAACAACGAUAUUACCCCCAACGGAAUCAACAAUAAUGAACCAACACAGCUCGGUUUCAUAAACUCAAAUACAAAUACAGACCAAAGCAGUCGGAGUCCUCUAGCGGCGACUAGAGCUAAUUCUUUGGCUUCAGCAAACUCUCCUACUGAAAGUGGAAGCGCCUGUUUGAAAACAGAGAACAUUUUUAACCACAAUGUAAACUUAGCUUAGGUUAUUCGCCGCUAGCUGUUACUAGAAUGUAGAAUGGGAUGUCUAUUUUAUUUCGGUUGGAUUGAAUAUAAAAAUACAAGGGUUUCAAUUUGAUAAGAUUCAUGACUGUCGAUUGCGAAAAAGUUUAUGUACAUAUUUUAUAUGAAUAGUACAGUAUCAUUUAAGGAUUGCUUUUACCUAAGUGUCACAUAAAAAUGGUCACUGAUUUUAUAUGUUCAAAAUAAAUAGAUCCAACACAUGAUAAAUGAUCGAAUCUAUACUUAUGAUAAUAAUACCAAUAGAAUGUUUCCAAGUCUAAAAUCGACAAAAUCCGUAUGAACAAAGUACGAUAUGGUUAUAAACUUGCUUAUUAGUUUGAGAAUUGACCAUAGUAAAUUUUAAUGAUAAAAACCAACUUGAAUCUAAAAAAUUUAGCAGUUUUUGGUAUUUUUCCAACUUUUAUUUUACUACUGUUUCCAAUUUGUAUGCUUGACAUGACCUUUCGAUACUGAUGCUCUUCUGAAACAACAUCUAAUCAAAAAUAAAAUGACGUCCUAUAAUCAGAAAAGAAAGAAUGAGUAUAAAUGUGGAAUCGGUACGGAAGAAUAAUGAACGCGUGUAGAUAAGAUAUUUGUAGUAUUUGUUUUUGUAAAAUUACUUGUGUUUAGAUAAAUUGAAAUCAUGAAAAUACUUAUUGUAAAAUAUACAUUGGUCUCAGAAUACUACGAAGAAUCUAUGUUAUUUAUUUACACUAUAAUUUUUAAUGUGUUUUUAUUGUCUAUAGUAUAUUUUAUUUUAUCAUAUUUUAGCGACUAAGAUACACCAAAGAUAUGUUUUAUUAUAUUUUAUUUGUAAUCGCACGUUAUCAUAUCAAUUAGACUAAGAAGAAAUAAAUUUCAGAUUAAGCAAAAUAUUGAAUUGAAUAACUUAUUUACACUUUUUUUCAACAGUUGCUAUUUAAACUUUGAGCUAUACAGGGUGUUUCGUAAGUAAUAUAAAAUAUUGUACUAGGCGCAACGUCACUUCAAUUUAGGACGAGAAUUUACUAUAAAUAUAUGAGAUAAGUUUUGUCAUUAAUGCGAUAAAGGGUGCUGAAUUGUUUAUAAUAAAUGAGCUCUGACUGUAAGUGAAAUUUAUUUAUCCAGGUGACGGUACUAGAAGUAAUACGAAAUGAUAUGGUUAUUCUAUACACCAAGUGGCAUUUGAAAUAAUGUUGUCAUAUGCGGUUUCAAACCUAAGAACUAACGUAAAAACAAUAAAUCUUUAUCAUGCUAAAUCGAAGAAUAUUAUUAGAUGACCUAGUCAUGUGAGAAUUCCACAAAUGACUAACCAGAUUUUUCAAAUUAUUGACCCGCAUUCAGAAACGAAUAUCCGAAAAAUUUCUGAUGAAGCUAAUGUUGGUAACAUAAUUAUAUGGAAUAUUCUAAGAGAUAAUUUAUUGCAUCCAUAUCGCGUUCAA